AUAAUGAAUUGAAGCUGAGUAAUAGUAACUCUAGAGACCCGUGGAUCGAUAUUUAUUACUUGUGCCACUAUACUGCAGUCCCUUUCAUUGGUUACACUUGGCCAUUGUUAGGUGUUGUGUUUUAGCGUGUCAGAUGUUUAUGAAGAUCAAUUGCAGAUGCAACAAAUUCGAGAGGAGGAGAAGAAGGUUCAAGCCACAAAAGGUGUGCAGAAGGGUUUGAAUAACUUGGAGUCCAAGGCAUUGAUGCUAGAUCGACAAAGAGAUAUGAAGCAAGCUCUCUAUGAUCAAGUGCCUAUGAUUAUAGUCUUAUACAAGAGAGUGCUACUCAACCAAGAGUUGAUUCAAGAGAUACCACCUAGGCCACGAGUGGUAUUAGAAGAGUUCGAGGAUGUCUUUCCCGAAGAAGCACCAAAGGGAUUACCUCCAAUCUGUGAGAUAGAGCAUCAGAUUGACUUUGUUCCUGGGGCUACCAUUCCAAACAAGUUAGCCUAUAGGAAGACUCCAGAGGAGACAAAGGAGUUUAAAAUGCAAAUCGAUGAGCUUAUGGAGAAGCACCAAAAAAGUAUCGUCAUCCUAUCCCUCGAUUAGAUGAUAUGCUUGACGAGUUACAUGGUUCUAGUAUGUUUCGAAUAUUGAUAUAAGGUCUGGUUAUCACCAAAUCCUCAUGAAGGACGGAGUAGAAUGGGAGAGAACUUUUAAAAUGAAGUAUGGUCUCUAUGAAUGGAUGGUGAUGCCAUUCGGAUUAACAUUUCUUCGAGUACAUUCAUGAGGUUGAUGAACCACAUGUUGAGAGCAUUCAUUGGGAAUUUUGUGGUUGUAUACUUCGAUGACAUUCUAAUCUAUUCGAAGGGCAUGACAUCUCGAGCACUAACGGGAUGUAUUGAAAACUUUGAGAAAAGAUCAUCUAUAUGCCAAUCUCAAGAAUUUCACGUUUUGCACCUCAAGUGUGGUGUUGUUGGGCUUUGUUGUUAGUGCUAAUGGAGUUAAAGUCGAUGAAGAGAAGGUGAAGGUGAUUCAAUCAUGGACUACUCCUACAAACAUGAGUGAAGUAAGAAGUUUUCAUGGGUUGGCUUGGUUCUAUCGAUGAUUUGUGCCCAACUUCAACACCAUUGCCGCGCCAUUAACAUCCAUCAUUAAGAAUAAUGUGGCCUUAUAUUGGGGAGAAGAGCGUGCUAAAUAAAGCAUUCGAGCUCCUCAAGUACAAGCUUACUCAUGUUCAUGUUCAUGUUCUGAUGCUACCCGAUUUUAAUAAGACCUUUGAAGUGGA